CUUCAUCUUGGCUUUUUUCCAAUUUUACAGGUUUUAGUUUCCCCAUUUAAAGCUUCUGUUAUUUCUUUUCUCAUUACAUCACUACUCAACUGCUAAUUCAUUACUAAUUAUUAACCUGCAUUUAAUACUAACUUAAACUGCCAAUAUUUAUUCUUUUGCUUGGCAUUCUAACCAUGCAUGCUAUGAUGGUUCAUUUCCUCAGGUUAUAUAUAUAAUUCUGUGUAUUAAUCUCCAUGGCUUUGAGUUACUGCACUACUUGCUGGGAUUCUCAUCAGCUUCUCAACUCAGACAUGACCACUGCCAUGACCAGCUUCCAGCAGUUUCCAUUUCAAGACUUUCAGCUUCCACCAGAUGAUCUUCUUGCUUCUGAAUACACUCAUUCAUCACCUUCUCGUCUGGGUUCUUGUAAUUUCAUUGACCCAUUUCUACCAGAUGACCCUUUUCAUUACUCACACCAGUCCUCCUUCCCACCUGAAAUUUUGGAACUUGACUGCUCCUUUCAAUACCCAAAGCGCCAGAGGACCAUCCACACAAAUUACUACCAGCCUCAUAUUGAGCAGCCAAGUGAUUUGUUUAAUGGGUAUGUGCCAAAUCCCAGUUCAGUACCACUCCCAGAAUUUUACUCCCUGCAUGAAAUUCAACCUCCUCCACCAUUGAUGGAGCUUCAGGUUCCUGCACUACCUUCUGUUUUUGAUACUGGGAAAGUGGUUAGUGAUGAAGAUGACGACCAGAACGUGAGGAAAGCAGGUAAUGGAGUGAGUUUGUCUGCGCAGAGCAUAGCUGCUCGUGAGAGAAGAAGGAAGAUAACUGAGAAGACACAGAAGCUUGCUAAGCUGAUUCCUGGUGGUCACAAGAUGAACACUGCUGAGAUGUUUCAAGCUGCUUCCAAGUAUGUAAAAUACUUGCAGGCCCAAGUUGGUGUUCUUCAACUCCUGUCUUCACUUCCUCAGGUAAUGAUUGUAUAAGCUCAGGAUAUAUAAAUAUAUAAAUAAUUAUUGAUGAUGGUGAUGAUGAUGACGCAGGAGGAAUUAAAGCCUGGAAAAGAGCUUCAAGUUCUGCUUUCAUCUCCAACAAUUCAUGAGAAAUUGUACUGGAAAGAAAAGUGUAUGGUUCCAGGAAAACUUGUCGAAGCCUUAGCGGAUGAUCAUCAAAUCCGAACAAUGCAUACCAUCAAUGACGAAAUCGAUAAGUUGUUGCAAAAUCCAACUUGCAGUAGCCAUGAUUAACCUUGGAGCUUUU